CCCAAGGGCUUUGCAACUUUGGCCCAUUAUAGUUUAAGAAACCCUAGUUCCGUCCAAUAUAACUCAUUUCUCUUCAUACCCGACGCAGCUUCGUUUCCACAACUCUCUGUUAGUUCGAUUGUUGAUCUACUUCAAAUGGCGUCGGAGAAGAAGCUAUCGAACCCCAUGAGGGACAUUAAGGUCCAAAAACUUGUUCUUAACAUCUCCGUUGGUGAGAGUGGUGAUCGUCUCACUCGUGCCUCCAAGGUUUUGGAACAGCUCAGUGGACAAACCCCUGUUUUCUCAAAGGCAAGGUACACUGUGAGGUCUUUUGGUAUCAGGCGUAACGAAAAGAUUGCGUGCUAUGUUACUGUGAGAGGUGACAAGGCAAUGCAGCUUCUUGAGAGUGGUUUGAAAGUUAAGGAGUAUGAGCUUCUCAGGAGGAACUUCAGUGACACUGGUUGCUUUGGAUUCGGUAUCCAAGAGCACAUUGAUCUUGGUAUCAAGUAUGAUCCUUCUACGGGUAUCUACGGAAUGGACUUCUAUGUAGUUCUUGAACGUCCAGGAUACCGUGUGGCUCGUCGACGCAGGUGCAAGGCUCGUGUUGGCAUCCAACACAGAGUGACUAAGGAUGAUGCAAUGAAAUGGUUCCAAGUUAAGUAUGAAGGAGUUAUCCUCAACAAGUCUCAGAACAUCACUGGCUAAACUAAAACUUGAAUCUUCAUAGAUUUUUUGUUGAUUCUAGCUUUUGUUUUUUUUAAGUUGUCAUCUUUACGAUUUCUGGAUAUUUAAGAAUCGCUUGUUCUAGUAAAACCUCUUUUUGACGUCAGUGGGGUAGAAAUUAAUUUCCAGAACCUUCUUUUAUGUUUACCAUCUAUGUCGUUUAAUUUUCCAAGAACCUUCUUAAUCGACAUGUCAUUUAUGUUU